UACUAUAAUGGCAGAAUAGGUGAUGAAGAUGACGAGCUGAAGGUGUAUAAAUCAUCCACCCACUGAUCUCCUCUGUGUCUCCUACCCACUCUUCAUCCUUCCCGUGGUUCUAGUUGCAGAGCCAUGGGAUCCAUCAAGGAGGAGCUGCAGCUGACACCCGAGGAGGACGAGGAGGCCUGCAAGUACGCCGUCGAGCUGGCCGGCGGCCCCAUCCUGCCGAUGACGGUCGGGGCCGCCGCCCAGCUCGGCCUCUUCGAGAUCCUCAUCAAGGCCGGGCCGACCCCGAAGCUGAGCGCCGACGACAUCGCCGCCCAGAUGCCCAACCAGAACCCCCAGGCGGCCGUCAUGGUGGACCGGAUCCUCCGCCUGCUCGCCGCCUACAACGUCGUGAGAUGCAUCGUCGAGACCGGUGCCGACGGCAGGCCGUUGGGGAAGUACGGACCGGCGCCGGUGUGCAAGUACCUGGCCAAGAACGAGGACGGUGUGUCCAUGGCCGCUCUGGCCCUGAUGAACCAGGACAAGGUCCUCAUGGAGAGCUGGUACCACUUGAAGGACGCGGUGUUGGACGGCGGCAUCCCCUUCAACAAGGCGUACGGGAUGACGGCGUUCGAAUACUACGGCACGGACGCCCGGUUCAACAAGGUGUUCAACGAGGGCAUGAGGAACCACUCCACCAUCAUGACCAAGAAGCUGCUCGACAUCUACCGCGGCUUCGAGGGCGUCAAGGUGCUCGUGGACGUCGGCGGCGGCGUCGGCGGCACCAUCUCCAUCAUCGCCGGCAAGCACCCUCACAUCAAGGCCAUCAACUUCGACCUCCCCCAUGUCAUCUCCGAGGCGCCACCCAUCGCAGGAGUCGAGCAUAGAGGCGGCGACAUGUUCGAUAGCGUCCCGAGCGGAGACGCCAUCCUGAUGAAGUGGAUCCUCCACGACUGGAGCGACGAGCUGUGCGUGAAGAUACUGAGGAACUGUUGGAAGGCAUUGCCGGAGAAAGGAAGGGUUAUACUGGUGGAGUGCGUCCUCCCGGUGGUUCCGGAGCCAAUGGGGCGAGGCCGGGGAGUCUUCUAUUUGGACGUCGUGAUGAUGGUUCACAACCCGGGAGGGAAGGAGAGGACAGAGAGAGAGUACGAGGGCUUGGCAAGAGAAGCAGGCUUCUCAGGAUUCAAAGCCACUUACAUCUUCGCUAAUACAUGGAUCAUUGAGAUCACAAAAUAGAGUGGGGAUAUGUUAUGCACUUAGGUUCUACCUAGCAUUAUCCUUAAAGAGAACAUUGGCCUAUGAUUCUCUUCUAUCUAUCACAAUGUUACUUUCUCCAAAUAAUAAGAUGGAAGUAUAAGUGAUUUCACCCACACAAAGGGGAGA